AUGCACCGAGAUCACGACGUCUCUCACGCUCUGCCGCCUUCGUCCGUGCGAGCUCUUCAUCCCGGAGCCACAUAUUUCUGCGUGACGUUCCCCGACAUAUGUCCCGCGAGCCGCAGAUGCGUUAACUGGGUCAGAGUGGUCUCUGGGGAUCUCAAACCUCACCGCUGUCAGAGGAAGGGGAGCGUCCUUCGCUCACUGUCCACGUGUGUUGAGUUUGUGUCAGCUGAAGAUAUCGCUGCAAACGGCUUCUUCUAG